UAUGCUUGCUUCUCCUCUCCUAUGGUCAAAAUUAAAAAACCCAUUUUCUCUCUCUCUCAGUACAGUACAAUAGUAUUCUUUCCUUGUCGGGCAGGGCCAUCAGAUCUUAUCCUUACCUCCCUCGUGGUUGGCUAUGGCUGAUCAUCACCUUUCAGAGAAAGCAGUAUAAAUAAAAAUGGAAUAUAUAUCGAAGAAGAAGAAGAUGAUGAAGAGCAAAAAGGAAAACUGCUCUGCACAAAAGCCUGGAUUAAAGCAGCAAGAAAUCCCAAAGCCGACUGAGGAAGAAAGAAAGAAAGAAAAGGAAUUCUUUGAUUUGAUUUAACAAUUUUUAUUUUAUUUUUUUUAAUUUUGAGGGAAAAAGAGGGAUUGUGAAAAAAAUUACAGGUUGUUAAUGGUAAUUGUAGAGAGAGAAAGAGGAGAGAGAGAGAGGAAGAUUUUGAUUUGAUCUGAGGGUAUAAGAGACUGACUGUCUGUGGUGUGGAAGGGAAAGGGAUCGAAUUGUACUGCAAACUUUAGAGACUGAGCUCAGUUCUUCGUCUUCUUCUACGUUUUAGCUAUUUAAAGGUGUAACUGCACAGCACCGCACAGAACGGAACCGGAGGGGAGAUGGAAGUCUCGACUUCGGAUGGGGGGAAGAAGGAGGGCGGAGGAGAGGCGGAGAAGACGGCGGCGCCGCCGUCGGUCGGAUUAAAAGAGGUGUUCAGAUUCGCCGACGGGCUGGACUACGUACUGAUGGCGAUCGGAACUGUCGGAGCAAUCGUCCAUGGCAGCUCAUUGCCUCUGUUCCUCAGAUUCUUCGCUGAUCUCGUGAAUUCCUUCGGCGCCAACGCCGACAAUGUCGAUAAAAUGACGCAGGAGGUUGUGAAAUACGCAUUUUAUUUUCUGGUAGUCGGAGCUGCUAUUUGGGCGUCUUCCUGGGCAGAAAUCUCGUGCUGGAUGUGGACGGGAGAGAGGCAAUCGACGAAGAUGAGGAUAAAGUAUUUGGAAUCGGCGCUGAAUCAGGACGUGCAGUACUUCGACACGGAGGUCCGUACAUCCGACGUCGUUUUCGCCAUCAACACAGAUGCGGUUAUGGUGCAGGACGCCAUUAGUGAGAAGCUGGGGAAUUUCCUCCACUACAUGGCGACAUUCGUCUCCGGCUUCAUCGUCGGCUUCACCGCCGUCUGGCAGCUGGCGCUGGUCACACUCGCGGUGGUUCCGCUCAUCGCCGUCAUCGGCGGCAUCCACACCGCCACAUUGGCGAAGCUCUCCGGCAAGAGCCAGGAGGCGCUAUCCGAGGCCGGAAACAUUGCAGAACAGACUAUAGCUCAAAUUCGAACAGUAAUGGCAUACGUCGGCGAAUCGAGAGCUCUGCAAUCAUACUCAGCAGCUCUGAGAGUCUCCCAAAAGAUCGGAUACAAAAUCGGAUUCGCCAAAGGUAUGGGGCUCGGGGCAACCUACUUCACGGUAUUCUGCUGCUAUGCACUUCUGUUAUGGUACGGAGGUUACUUAGUUAGGCACCAUUUCACCAAUGGAGGUCUUGCAAUCGCCACCAUGUUUGCAGUGAUGAUCGGAGGCCUGGCUCUAGGGCAAUCUGCUCCGAGCAUGGCUGCUUUCGCCAAAGCAAGAGUUGCCGCGGCAAAAAUCUUCCGGAUAAUCGACCACAAGCCGAGCGUCGACAGGAACAGCGAAUCCGGGUUGGAGCUGCAAACAAUAACAGGGCAAUUGGAGCUUAAGAAUGUGGAUUUUUCCUACCCGUCGAGGCCGGAAAUUCAAAUACUCAACGACUUUUCGCUCAAUGUCCCUGCCGGGAAGACGAUCGCUUUAGUCGGGAGCAGCGGCUCCGGGAAGAGCACCGUUGUAUCCCUUAUCGAGAGAUUCUAUGAUCCUACUUCAGGGCAAGUUAUGCUAGAUGGGCGCGACAUCAAGACAUUGAAAUUGAGAUGGUUGAGGCAGCAAAUCGGAUUGGUAAGCCAAGAACCGGCUCUGUUCGCCACGACCAUCAAGGAGAACAUACUUUUGGGUAGGCCUGAGGCGAGCUCGGUCGAAAUUGAAGAGGCUGCUAGAGUCGCCAAUGCGCAUUCGUUCAUCGUCAAGCUACCCGACGGCUACGACACUCAGGUUGGGGAGAGGGGCUUACAGCUAUCGGGAGGGCAGAAGCAGAGAAUCGCAAUCGCGAGGGCAAUGCUGAAGAACCCCGGCAUCCUGCUCUUGGACGAGGCGACGAGCGCCUUAGAUUCAGAAUCGGAGAAAUUGGUGCAAGAAGCGCUCGACCGAUUCAUGAUCGGAAGGACCACUCUCGUGAUCGCCCAUCGCCUCUCCACGAUCAGAAAAGCCGACGUUGUGACUGUGCUGCAGCAAGGAAGUGUGUCCGAGAUCGGGACACACGACGAGCUCAUUGCUCGAGGGGAAAACAGCGUCUAUGGGAAGCUGAUCCGUAUGCAGGAAGCCGCCCACGAAGCUUCUCUCAGCAACGCGAGAAAGAGCAGCGCAAGGCCUUCCAGCGCGAGGAACUCGGUGAGUUCACCGAUAAUCACCCGGAAUUCGUCUUACGGCCGGUCGCCGUACUCCAGAAGAUUGUCCGACUUCUCCACCUCCGACUUCAGCCUUUCCUUGGACGCCGCAUACCCUAACUACAGACACGAGAAACUCGCGUUCAAGGAACAGGCGAGCUCGUUUUGGCGCCUUGCGAAGAUGAAUUCACCCGAAUGGGCUUACGCGCUGGUCGGCUCUAUAGGGUCUGUUAUCUGCGGCUCUCUGAGCGCGUUCUUCGCAUACGUGCUGAGUGCCGUUCUUAGCGUCUACUAUAACCCGGACCAUGCGUUUAUGAUCCGGGAAAUAGCAAAGUACUGUUAUCUCUUGAUCGGGGUGUCGUCGGCCGCCCUUAUUUUCAACACGCUGCAGCAUUUCUUCUGGGAUACCGUGGGAGAAAACUUGACGAAGCGUGUCCGGGAGAAGCUCCUGGCGGCGGUGCUUAAAAACGAAAUGGCGUGGUUCGAUCAGGAAGAGAAUGAAAGCUCCAGAGUUUCGGCGAGGUUGGCUCUUGAUGCAAAUAAUGUCCGGUCAGCGAUCGGGGACAGGAUCUCUGUUAUAAUGCAGAACUCGGCUCUGAUGCUCGUCGCCUGCACUGCCGGAUUCGUCUUGCAGUGGCGCCUCGCCCUCGUGCUCAUCGCCGUCUUUCCUGUGGUCGUCGCGGCAACUGUGUUACAGAAAAUGUUUAUGAACGGCUUCUCCGGCGACCUCGAAGCCGCACAUGCCAAGGCCACUCAGCUAGCCGGCGAGGCUGUGGCAAAUUUACGAACUGUUGCUGCUUUUAACUCGGAAACCCAAAUUGUGAGUCUAUUCACAGCCAGCCUUCGGACGCCGCUGCGCCGUUGCUUCUGGAAAGGGCAGAUCGCCGGGAGUGGGUAUGGAAUCGCGCAGUUCUUGCUGUAUGCAUCGUAUGCGCUUGGCUUGUGGUACGCGUCGUGGCUUGUCAAGCACGGAAUCUCGGACUUCUCCAAGACUAUCCGAGUCUUCAUGGUCCUCAUGGUCUCGGCUAAUGGUGCAGCCGAGACAUUAACUCUAGCGCCCGACUUCAUCAAGGGCGGGCGUGCAAUGCGUUCUGUUUUCGACCUGCUCGACCGGAAGACAGAAAUAGAGCCGGAUGAUCCAAACGCCACUUCUAUCGCAGACAGGCUCCGAGGAGAAGUUGAGUUCAAGCAUGUCGAUUUCUCAUACCCUGCUCGUCCUGACAUCUCCGUCUUCAACGAUCUGAGUCUCCGCGCCCGAGCCGGGAAAACCCUUGCCCUUGUGGGGCCCAGUGGGUGCGGGAAAAGCUCGGUCAUUGCACUGAUCCAGAGAUUCUACGAGCCAUCAUCGGGCAGGGUUAUAAUCGAUGGAAAGGAUAUUCGAAAAUACAACCUCAAGUCCUUGAGACAGCACAUGGCUGUUGUACCGCAAGAACCGUGCCUCUUCGCCACAACAAUCUACGAGAACAUUGCGUACGGUCACGAGUCAGUAACCGAGGCUGAGAUAAUUGAGGCAGCAACUCUGGCGAAUGCGCACAAGUUCAUAUCCUCAUUGCCCGAUGGCUACAAGACCUUCGCGGGAGAGAGAGGGGUGCAGCUGUCGGGAGGACAAAAGCAACGCAUUGCUGUCGCCCGUGCGUUCUUAAGAAAGCCCGACAUAAUGUUGCUUGACGAAGCCACCAGCGCGCUGGAUGCAGAAUCAGAGAGAUGCAUACAAGAAGCUCUGGAACGUGCCUGCGCAGGGAAAACAACGAUUGUCGUUGCGCACAGGCUCUCGACAAUCAGGAAUGCGCAUGUCAUAGCAGUGCUGGACGACGGGAAAGUGGCUGAGCAGGGCUCACAUUCCCAUCUAUUGAAAAACAAUCCAGACGGGAUCUAUGCCCGGAUGAUACAGCUGCAGAGAUUCACACACAACCAAGCUGUAAGUAUGGCGACGACGGGAUCGAGUUCUUCGGCUAAGGCCCGGGAGGAUCAAGAACACCUACAAUGAGUUGGGUGAGGAAAAAGAUUGAAAAACAAAAACAUCGAAAAAAAGAACACAAGUGAAAUGGAGUUAACAUGUACUAGAGUUUUUUGUCUGUCUUCCCAUGUUUAUUGUUCAUAAUUUAUGAUAAACAACAGUAUAGCUACGUGGAAGUUUCUCUCUAUGUUACAGGCUUAAAUUGCAUCAUCUUCUAUAAAUCUUUAUAUAUGCUUCCAA